CGGACACAUACCAGGGCUGUAGUUGUCUUUGCGCUCGAAACAUGAUCACUUCAUCGGGGAAAGGGACUUCAUUGACCACCAUUGAGGAAUUUCGACGUCGGGCUAAAGAGUUGCUUACAGAAGAAGGCUGGUUGUUUUAUAAUGCUGCAGCGGGACAACGGUCUACAUUUCAAGAGAGUGUGACUGCAUUUGAUCGUUACGUGAUUCGUCCUCGUAUCCUUCGUGACGUCACACGUCGUUCUUUGUCUACCACUGUGUUGGGUCAACCAAUCAGCAUGCCUAUCUGCGUAGCUCCAUCGGCAGCGCAACGCUUCGCCCAUCCCGAUGCGGAGGCAGCAUCGGCUAAAGGAACCGCAGAUGCAGACACUCUGUAUAUCAUGUCGUCCUUUGCUAGUUCAGCUAUCGCCGAGGUUUCUCAGGUAGCUCCUGGUGGAUUGAAAUGGAUGCAGCUGUAUCUCUUCAGAGAUCGUCGUUUUGCAGAAAACGUGGUGAGGGAGGCUGAGAAAAAAGGAUUCAAAGCGAUCGUGCUUACGGUCGAUUUACCUCUAUGGCCAGACUUUUCAUCAAAUAAAUCUUCAACAUCGAGAUAUCAUUACGAUCCAAACCUAAGACCAACAAAUUUAGCUCUGGAUAUACCAGAGGUAAAUGAAGCUAUCCGUUCAGGUGACGUCAACUUGCGUCAUUUUUUUGCUGAGCAGUACAAAUCACCUAAGACAUGGGAUGACAUCACUUGGCUCAAGUCAAUCACAUCACUUCCAAUCGUGCUGAAGGGUAUCUUAACGGGAGAGGCUGCUCAAGAAGCGGCCGAUGCUGGUGUCUCUGGAAUCAUCGUAUCAGCUCAUGGUGGAAGAUACAUGGAUGGCAUUCCCGCUCCGUUAGACGUCCUACCAGAAGUUGUGUCAGCUGUCAAAGGUCGUGGAGUUGAGGUUUACAUGGAUGGAGGGAUUCGAUCAGGAACCGAUGUCCUCAAAGCUCUAGGAUUGGGAGCACGGGCUGUACUGAUCGGGAGACCAGCACUCUGGGGACUAGCUUGUGAUGGACCUGCUGGAGUUAACAAGGUAUUAUCAAUAUUACGAAACGAACUGGAUAUGGCCCUGGGUAUUUCAGGUUGCACCAAUGUCCAGGACAUUCCACCUUCAUUGAUAGCUCGGAAAUCUUACCUCUGAAUUCAACAUCAUAAACCAAACGCCACUCAGC